AUGCACUCACAUUCUCUCCCGUGUGGAAUCUUCAAGACCCGCUUACAUCCGCCGAAGCUGCGCCAGGCGACCUUUGUGCUCCCAAAAACAGGCCAGCGCCUCAGAGGCCUCGUGAACCUCCGCAAUUCCACGCCAACCGACGAACACGAUGAACGGCGCGGACUCCUCACGAACGAGAUUCAGACACACUACGAUGGGUACAUCCCAAGGAUCUCGCGUUACAUGCACGAUAAAUGGGAUCAGGCGAACCAAUUUUGGAGGUCAGAGCUGGGGAUUGGAGUGCUCAAGUACAGUCUCGCAUAUUUCAUCGGUUCUCUUGCAACGUUCAUCCCUGCAGUCUCAGCGUUGCUUGGACACCAAGAUGGGAAACAUAUGGUGGCUACGGUCACUGUAUAUUUUCACCCGGCCAGGUCCCAGGGUGGCAUGUUCAAGGCCUUGAUCUGCGCGUUCCUGGCGUUCUGCUAUUCCUCCGUACUGACCAUCACGAGUAUGUUCGUGGAAAUGUUUUUCCAAGAUACACUUCACCGGCCUGUCCUUGGCCAUGCUGUGGUUCUGAUUGUUUUCUGCGGUGGUGGACUAGGUUUCGUCGGCUGGACCAAGCAACGGCUCGGUGAUCCUUUGGUGAAUGUUGCUUGCUCACUCACUGCGCUUUCAACAAUUACUGUUUUGACUAAAGAGGGCGCCGUGCAAAGCGGUGAUCUUUCUCUUGCGAAGAUCUUCCAGGUCCUAAAGAUGGUCCUGAUGGGCGUGGUAGCUGUCAUGGCUGUGUCUUACUUCAUCUUCCCCAUUUCAGCGCGAAGGAAGCUGCGCGCGAACCUCGUCACUGUAACUGAUACGUUGGCCAUCAUGCUGGCUAUCAUUACGGAGAGCUUCUUAAGCGGUUCUGAGGAAGAGCUUAAAUCGGCCGAGUUUGUCGAUGCAGAAGCUAGACACCGGAAGGCCUACGGACAGCUUGACAAGCUUGUCCGAGAAGCUAAACUGGAGCAUUAUGUCUUUGGCACCGAGAAAGAGUACAGACUUGAGAAAAAGCUCGUACGCUGGGUGCAAGAUAUCACACACAAUAUGGGAGGGUUGCGCAAUGCAGCGUCCCUCCAGUUCAGUUUGAUCCGCGAAACCAUUGCCCGUGAGUCUAGCUCCGUGGAUGAUCAACAGGUUAGCUCGGCCCGUGACUACUUCACGCCAAUUGAGCGAUCGUGGUCAUUCCCUGACGGGUCGUUCUUGGAGCCUAUCGUUGAGCGACCAGAGGAGGAAUUGUCUCCCAGCGGCUCCACGUGUUCUCGUCAAGGUGAAAGCGCCCAGGCGACACCCAGGCCAUCACUACUCCCAGCGGAUGUUUUUACAAUUUUCAUCUCGCACUUGGGACCAUCGAUGCGAUCGUUGGCAUUUACAUUGAAAGAAAUAUUCAAGGAGAUCCCAUUCGGGCCUGCUCCGAACUACAAGGUCUCGGUGAAUGGGCGGCUGCGGAUCAGCCUUGAUCGAGCUUUAGAGCUCUACAAAGAUUCACGCCAAAGGACACUCGAAUCUCUAUACCAGCAGAAAGAAACGAUGAACAUGAAGACCCACGAAGCGGAGGCUGACCUUGAGGAAGUCUCAGCAAGUUGCGGUCAUUUCAGCUUUUCCCUCCUUGAAUUUGGAGAACAGCUCCAAGAGAUGCUGGCUAUCUUGGAUGAGCUGCAGCUCGAAGUUGAGGAGCGGCCUCAUGGACGGUCCUGGUCCUGGCUUAAAAUCUGGCAAUGGUCAAAAAGCACAAAGGCCGCCAAAAUAGGUGCUUUUGGUGCUGGUGAGCCUACGCAACACGCCAUAAGCUCUUUGAACAUUAAAUUGACCCUCGCAGAACAGGAUUCCAUUGCCCAUACAAAUAAUCAUAUCAACCACCGUCGUCAUGCAUCCGACGGACUGAUCCCACACGACAGAGUGCCUAUUAACAUUCAGGCCCACAAAGCACCCUCUUCAGGAGAAACAACGAAACAAAGACUCGGCUACCGCAUAUGGAAAGCCCUUGGUUUUAUCCGAAGAGAUGACACAAAGUACGCGAUCAAGGUCGGAGCAGGAGCAGCUCUUUACGCCUUACCAGCGUUUUUACCCUCAACUCGUCCUUUCUAUACACACUGGCGAGGAGAGUGGGGUUUGCUGUCCUACAUGUUGGUUUGCUCAAUGACAAUCGGUGCUUCGAAUACGACGGGCUAUGCUCGUUUUCUCGGUACCUGCCUGGGGGCAGUCUGUGCUAUCGUAGCAUGGGAGGUAACGUCAGGAAACGUAUUUGGCCUUGCAUUUCUAGGAUGGCUUAUGGCUAUCUGGACUGGAUAUAUCACCAUUGUUCGAGGCAAUGGUCCGAUGGGCCGGUUCAUCAUGCUCACCUACAACCUUUCCGUGCUAUAUGGCUACUCUCUUGCCCAAAAGGAAGCAAACAAUGAUGAAGAUGAGGGCGGUGUGAACCCCAUUAUGAGUGAAAUCGCCCUUCAUCGUGUUGUUGCUGUCCUGUCAGGCUGCAUUUGGGGAAUCAUCAUAACUCGCAUGAUCUGGCCCAUUAGCGCAAGGCAUAGACUGAAGGAAAGCCUGAGUCUUCUAUGGCUGCACCUGAGUCUCGUUUGGAAGCGGGAUCCCCUUUCAACCAUGGCUCAAGAGGGGAAGAAUGUUGUUUAUAUGACUCCGCGAGAGAAGCUCGAGAUCGAGCGAUUCUUAGCCCGCUUGGAAUCUCUUCAAGGUGCAGCUGGUUCCGAGUUUGAGCUGAAAAGUGCAUUCCCCGAAGCUUCGUAUGCCAACAUCGUUCGCCGCACCCGCAUAAUGGUGAACUCAUUCCAUACCAUGAACAUUGAGUUGAUGAAGAAUGAUCCUGCUACUGAAGGCGAGAUCAGUCUUCUUCGAUACACCGCAGCAGAGCGACAGCAGCUCUCUGCUCGCAUCAGUCAUCUAUUAUCAGUCAUGGCUUCAUCGAUGAAGCUUGAAUACCCCUUGAGCGAUGUGCUUCCUAGCAUUGAACAUGCCCGUGACCGGUUGCUAGCUCGCAUCUAUCGCUAUCGUCUGGACUAUGAAGUAUCGCAGCAGACCACAGAUGAAGACUGUUCUUUGCUCUAUGCCUACAUCCUUGUGACUGGCCAACUGUCAAACGAGAUCAUGGAGAUCAUUGCGGAGAUCGGACAACUCUUUGGUGUAUUGAGUGAAGACGUAGUGCAGCUAGCUUGA